CUGGCAACCUUGGUCAAACGAUAAAGCUGUCAUCGUAUUAUUAGUAAACAUUGUUUAUGACGAGUGUUUCGAGUGUUUCCUUAUAUCAUCAAAACACAGGUGCAGAUCCAUGUUCUUAUUAAAAUGGUCUUCUCAUCUAUCACGACAAAGCGACUAGUUCUUCGAUUGUACCGAGAUUUGCACCGAUACGGUUCUAAUCUACAGUUCACAGAUCGCAACUACUUUCUGAAGCGAGUUCGGAGCGAAUUCGAACAGAAUCGAAAACUUACUGAUACUCAGCAGAUUGAGUUCGCCUACAAGCGAGGGCGAACUCUAUUGGACCAGGCCCUCGUUAUAUAAUGCAAACGUUAAGAACAAUAAUGGCUCAGGCUCAAAGAUCUCGCCUGCUGACCACUACUGCGAUUCACUUCAAAUAUACCAUUGAUACAUCGAAAGUGCCAUCACUCCGAGAAGAAGACCUGGAGGAGACGUUCGUUCGGGGGAGUGGCCCAGGC